CUCCAUUAACAACAAAUGAAAGGCCUUAAUAUGGAGAAGAAGCUCUCUUUUCAAGUGAUGUUAUGCUCAUUCUUCUGUGCUUUUCUUUUGGUUUCAAGGCCUGCAAUGUCUCAAGAAGUUGAGGAUGAGAGUGAAUUCAACUACGAAGAAGGUGGAGAAAAAGGACCAGCAAAUUGGGGAAAUCUCAAACAAGAAUGGCGUAAAUGUAAAACUGGCACGAUGCAAUCUCCUAUCGAUUUGUCGCACAAGAGAGUUCAAAUAAUACCCUAUUUUGGAGACCUCAAAAUCUACUACAACCCUUCCAAUGCCACUCUCAAGAAUCGAGGCCAUGACAUAAUGCUGAAAUGGGGCGAUGGAGCUGGGUAUAUAGAAGUGAAUGGUACUCAAUAUGUCUUCAAACAAUGCCAUUGGCACUCCCCUUCGGAGCACACCGUCAAUGGCCAAACCUUUGCUUUAGAAGCUCAUUUAGUUCAUCAAAGCCAAAAUGGAAGUAUUGCUGUCAUUGGAAUUCUCUAUCGGAUUGGACAACCCGACCCUUUCUUGUCCUUGAUAAAAGAUGAUCUGGAAGAAAUUUCAUAUACAAAUGAAACUAAAGAAAUCAAUACGAUCGAUGCAUCGUUGCUGAAGAUGCGAAGUAGUCUAUACUAUAGGUAUAUUGGCUCUCUUACAACUCCUCCGUGCACUCAAAAUGUCAUUUGGACGAUUGUCAGACAGGUUUGGACCGUUACACCCGAACAAAUAGAAUUGCUUCGCGUAGCUGUUCACGAUGACUCAAACACUAAUGCAAGGCCUUUGCAGCCACUUAACAAUCGAACGAUUCAACUUCAACCACGAUAUAUAAAGAAGGAGAAUUGAUGUCUCAAACACAAUAAAUAAUAUUUUGCUAUAUUAGAUAUUACGUAACGAACUAAGUUUUAGAAUAUAACUUUGGUCGUGUUACCUUAUGCAUACAAUGUAUGAACCUUCAAAACUUAAUCAAAUAGAAAUAACUAAAAAAUAAAA